AUGUAUCACUAUUUGUGUUUUAUAUUAAUCGCUAUCAAUAAAGUUACAUCCAUUGUUUGUUCAACUGUUCAGAUUCAUUUUGGUGAAGACCAGUGGGAACAGAAGAGGGUCGAUGGUUCAAGAAAGUUGCGGUGCUUAGCUAUUCCAUCAUUAUUAUCUUCAGAAGAAAAUUCUUCGCCUACUCCUUACAUCGAUAAUCGUGAUGUGCAGGAGGAUUGUCGCACGUACAGUGCUCUAGCAAUCAUCUCCCAUCCUGCGACAUUCGUUCCCCAAUCACGAAGCCCUUUAAAAGAUAUUUCUAAUAUAAAUGUUAGUACUGCUAUUCCUCCAGCAACUUCUGUCACUUCUGUCAAUUUAAGCGAGAAAAUAGCUACACCGAAAAGACAGACCUCACCAAUUAUAGAUGUUACCGAAGAUGAAUCUGUGGAAGUUUUGAAGCAGCGAUUAAAGGUGAAAGAGAAAGAAGUAGCCGCACUUCAGAUAAAACAAAUUUCUAUGCAGAAAUUAACAAAUCGAAUUUUGCGGAGUUACUGCAAUAUGAAGAAGCGACAUAAAACAAUACAAAUAAAGCUGAAAAGACUUCAAGAAGCCCAUCGAAACCGUAGACUUGCCCUCAGAUUGCACGAAGACCAAUUUAAGGCUCUGUGUUCAAAGUCUACAAGAGGAAAAAAGUGGAGCACUUCAAGUAUUAUCGACGAACUAAUAUACAAGAUGAAGUGAGGCACGCAAGGCUACUCGGACUUUGUCAAGAAGUUCCCACUUUUUCCUUCAGUCAGAACACUUCAGGAAGCAGUUGAACAUUUAAAGUUUGAGCCAAGCAUUCUGACAGAAGUAUUUGAUGUAAUUGAGUGUCAAGUUCCAAAUAUGGCAUCUCAUGAGAUACACUGCAUAAUAGCAUUAGAUGAAA